ACACCGAUUCUCUGUCAGGCAAUGCUGCAUUCAAGGGCCGAACGGCAGGGUUGAUUUAUUUGUUUUAACUUUUGAAAGCGUUCUCCUACAGUUUUGUUAAACGCGAAAAUAGAUUAAUGUAAUUAAGAUUAGUAAAACGUAUGAAUGGCUCAAAACUUUAACACAACCAAACGUCAGGUAGGACCUGAAUCUCAUAUAAACUCCCACAGUACCUGAAAGCACCACCACAGCAGUGGAAACAACUUCUAGUGGUUAAAAUCCAUCAACACACUCGAUCAAUUAAGUAAAAAGAACAACAAUACUAACAACAACAAUUAUUAUAAUUGUUACAUAGCUAAAAAUAAAUAAAUAAAUAAAUAAAUGACAGCGGAAGUGAUAAAUUUAAUUAAAUACACCUGCAUAAUAAAUGCAGAAAUAGUUUUCAGCGUCCACUCUCUCUCUCUUGCAAGUAGCUGUCAUCAUGAGCACCAGAGCAACCACUGCUGGCACCCUCAUAAACGAAACCUGACUGGACCACACUGAGUGUGUUUGAUUACAGGAGAUUGUUACUUAGGAGUGCACGCCUUCACAGCACAGGGGCAAAAAGCCUUCCUCCGAAUGAACAGGAGUGAUCAUGGAACUGUCUUGUGAGUCGGUGAGACAUGUGGAUGACAGGAGACCAGCCAGUUGCAAGUUUGUGGAGCUCCAUGUGCUGUAUGUGCCUGGUGACCAGUGGAAUGAGAAGCUCAAUAAGGUCCCUGCUGAAGCCAUAGAGAGCUUCAUAUCUGCCGGCUUCAUCAGGGUCUAUCCAGACAUCACCCUGAAGACUCUGAGGAGUGAGCUGGACGCUCUGCUUGGCGCUGAGAGGGGCAACAACAAAUUCUCCUUCCUGAAAUGCGUGGGCCGCAGUCUGGCACUGGUCAAAAGCAGACAAGAGAGAGACCUGAAAGUGAAAACAUUUGCUCCGCCAUAUGCCGCGCAACCGGAGCUUUACCUGCUGCCUGCUGUGGAGAACGACAGCAGCGUCUGCUCCCAGUCUCUUACCCCAGACACCAGCAGCAGCUCCCCAGACCACCAAAUCUAUCACCAACCUCCCAAGAUGUGCAUUCUGUCAACAGGCACAAAGGAGCCUGUUAGAUUUCCCCACAUCCCUCAGUGUUCCCAGCAGCCACCUCCCACUUCCCGACUGGGAGAGGAGGAGGAGGAGGAGGAGGAGAAUGUUGAUGAGGAGGAGGAUGACGAUGAUGAGGAAGAAGGUGAUGAUGAGAGCUACAGCUCCUCAGAGGAAGGAGAAGUAGAAGAAGAUGAAGUCGUCUCUUCCAUCAGGAGAACAGAGCAGGAGUGUUGCCCAGGGAAGCCUCGAUCAAAGCAAAGCGCCCCAAAGCAUGUUUCACUGAAUAAAGCUUUCCAGCACUGUGAAGUCGGUUCAGCUCAGAUGAAGGAGUUGUCAGACAAAGAAGAAACUUGGAGAAAGAGGAAGCAGUACCUCAGAGGAAACCGAGCAGCCAGACAUUCAGAAGCAGCAGAGACUCUGGAGGACAGAGAUUCAGGAUUCUCCCUCACAGAUGGGGUUGGGAAAUCCAAAGACACACACACACUGAAGGCCAUCAAAAACAAACCAACAACUAGGGUGACAGCAGCGUUGUCUCGACCUGUUCGGUGCACCUCUCCACCUCCAGUUCCAGACUUGGACACGGUCCACCAUGAAACAGCGGCUUCUUCUGCCUUUCACACUAACAGAGAGGAUCUAAUGGAGGAGAUCAAGAUGGUGAGGGAGGAGAGGAAGCAGCUGGAGUGGACCAGACAAGAGUUGCUAAGAAAGGGGAAAGACUUGUUAGCUCAGAACAGACACCGCAGGAACCAAGCACGUGACAGCUGGAAAAAAAAAUAUUUCGAAACCAAAAAGGCCACAACACCACUGGAAAACACCUUGAGAGAUUUGAGACAAGAGUUGGAGACUUUUUACAACAAACUGCUGCACCAGCUCCAAGCCAGAGAUCACAGAGGAAAGCCACGACGGCAAGGAAGAUCUUCAGUCAAGAAUGAACUCAUCAUUCAGAUCAUGACAGAGAGUCACGAUAUUGACAACCUGAAGAGGAAAGUAGAAGAUGCCAAGAUGAAGCUGGUAACAGAGAUAAAGUUGAGAAAGCAGGCUGCCACGGAGCUGAGAGCCCUGAAGGCUGAGCUGGCCCAGAAGAAGAGUCAGUCAUCUCACACUGGUGUGAUGGGACAUACGUUGAGGGACAGACCACAAGUUCAAAGCAGCUCCAUCUAAGGAAGAAUGUACAUGUGUGACAAAGGUGCUGUAAGUGAGAGCAAAAAUACAAAAGUGUUGAAGAGAAACUUACGUGUGUGACUUCAGUGAUUUUAGAGAAAAAGAAAAUAUUUUAUUAAAGAAAA